AUGACAAAGUUGCGAUACACAUUAAUUCUUAUCUUUUUGUUUUCUGGAGCCCUAAAUGUUUGCGGCGAUGAUUUCAAAGAAGAAAUAUAUAUUAAACCUUUGCCUCCAAUGCAUUUGUAUACAUACUUUCAAUUCAUUACUCUUAUAACUGGAAGUAACUAUGAACAUUCCUACUUAGCACCUCGCUCUAUAACGGAAAUAAUGACUCGCUUUCAAGUAGAAGAACUACAUUUAACAUUAACAGAGGGUCAGUGGAGACAUAAACAAUGGGGUUAUCCUGUCACAGAUGCUGCGCCAGGGGCCGAACUUUAUGCAUGGUUUUCUCCAAGUGUUACCAAUAUUGACAAGCAAUGGAAAAAGUUGAGUUCUACUCUCUCGGGCCUAUUCUGUGCUUCAUUAAAUUUUAUAGAUGGCCAUAAUACAAUUACCCCUAAAAUGGCCCUGUCACCUUUAGGGGCUGUAGAUAUAAGUGCUAACUAUACUCCAGAUUUACUAAGGUAUGCAUCCCUACCUAGAGAAAUAGUGUGCACUGAAAAUUUAACACCAUGGAAGAAAUUAUUGCCCUGUGAAUCUAAUUUUGGAUUUUCAUCUUUAUUGAAUUCAAGAUUAAUCCAUAACACUAACUAUCAUUCAAUUGGAGUGCAUGUUAGAAAAGUCUGUACCAGUAAGGAUUGUACUGAAUACCAAUUUGAAAUCAAACAAACAGUUGCCCUCGUAUAUGACUUCAAAAUUAUUAAUAGUAACAAUUGGUCAUUUAAGCUGUUAUUUGGACAAGGAUUAUUUGGUGCUUGUCCUCUAUCUUCAUCAAGCAAGGUAUAUAUUGAUAUAACAUCAAAUGACACAAUUCCUUUCAAGCUGUCACCACAACCCAGUAGUGUUAUCAAAUCUCUAAAAGGUGGAAGUGACACCAUGAUGGCACUGUAUGACAUAAGUCCAGACAGUCCUAUGUUGAACAUUGCUGCCAAAUACAGUACAGACAACAAAUUAUUAGUGAGUCCGCCACCACCAUUAUACUUUAAUCGUUAUGUGCUAGGAUAUGGCAAAGAGUUUGGAGGAAUAGUUACAGAAAUAACCAAUAGUUACUGGGCUCCCAUAGAUAUUAUUCUGUUGGAAAAUGCACCAUGGUGGUUACCAAUACAAUUGAGCACACUUCGCAUAAAUGGUGAGGCCAAAAGCAAACUAGUUAUGAAGCAGUAUUACUCACCCGGUCGAAGUAGACAGAAGCCAUAUCACUUAGAGUUACUUAUGAAAUUACCACCCAAGUCAACUACAACAGUGUCUAUUGACUUUGAAUUUGUAUUCUUAAAAUGGCAGGAAUAUCCACCAGAUGCCAAUCAUGGUUUCUAUAUUGGAUCUGCACUAAUUUCGGCAAAAUUGCCGACUGCUAAAAAUUACACUAGCCUUCCUGUUAAUGGUGUAACAUUUGAAUCUGUUAUUAAUGCUUCGAAAGCAUGGUAUCCAGCGGUAUUUAGAACAAAUGGUGCAAUGGUAUCUCUGCCGACACCCGACUUCAGUAUGCCAUAUAAUGUCAUAUGUCUUGCUUGUACUGUGGUCGCACUGGCAUUCGGUCCCCUUCAUAAUAUAUGUACAAAAGAAUUAGUGUUAAAGGCAGCUGGGGGAGCUCUUUCAUUACGCCAAAAAAUUAUAAAUAUGUUUGUGAAAUUCAUCAUGACUAAUGAAGAACAUUUACAUAAUAAUGUAAUGGACCAAAAUGAUGACUUAAUUAAAAGGCUUGAAAAUUAUAUAAAAUGUCCAAGAUGUAAACUUAAUCUCAAAUGCUACCGCCGUAAAAUAACAAGACAGGAAAAAAUAUAUUGUAAAAAUGUAUGUGAUCAUUGCUUAAAUGAAUAUUUACUUCGUAAGUCAAGCAAAACAAGAGAAAUAGAUAAGAAAGCAAUUACAAAGGAGAGUUCAGCGGCAAGGCUUAAGAGAGAGAAAGUUAAGUUAUGGCUCUCUCGAAUAAUCGAUUUAUUAGAGAGCAAUUUGAUUAAUUACAAAAGAGCUAAUCUAUCGAAACAAGCUGAACGAAGAGCAUUUUCGUCUGUUGAAUCCCGUUAUACAGUGUUUAGAAGCAAACGUCGUGAACCAGAACUGGAGCCUAUGUUCGAAGGAAUAAGGGCUCCCGGAAGUGAAAAAACCGAUGUAAAAAUAAAACCAACAAAACGUGGAAUUAGGUAUUUAGAGGAUUUCCCCCAAUACACUAAUAAUGUUGAGCCUACACAGUUUAUGGAUUCCGAAACUAAACUGGAAACACGUAACGAAAUUUUAUCGUUAAAUACAUCUGACGAUAAUGUCACUGUGUCUUCUGCAGACAUACAUUUAAAAAUGCCAUUGUUGCAAGACAAAUUACAGGUUUUAAAGAAUGUGAUUCUUGAGGACGAUAAUAGAGUAAGUUUUGUGAAGCAUCGUGAAGAAAAAUAUCCCAGAAGUCAUACAGCGAAAAGGACAAGUGUGGGCAAUAAGCGACCGGAUUACAGCAGAAGCACUCGUAAACAGUUAAGCUCUGAAACAUUAGGAGUCGAUCCUGACUCUUUAGAAACUCUUAAGACUUCAAUCUCAGAUUUAACGGAAAAAACUCUUGAUCAGAAUUUUAGUUACUUCUUUCUGAAAGAGGUGGGUGAAAAACAUCCUAUAAGGCACCAUAAAAGUUCUUCUGAAAUAAUUAAAGACACGAUUGAUAUGUUAAGCGAACGCGCAAAAUUAAAAAGAAGUAAAAAAGACGAAGAAGAGAGAAAAAGAGAACAAGAAAAAGAAAAAAAGCAUUUAGCACGAAUCGAAAAAAUUCAACAAGAAGCUAAAUCAAAUCUAAAAGAAUUGGUUGAAGAAAAAAAAGAACUAAUUAUCGUCGCAGACCAUAACCUUGAGGGUGAAAAAUUAAGUAUACAAUCUAAAAGUAUAAAGUCUGCGAAAAUAAAGCUGAAAGAGAAGAAAUCACCUAUAGAAAAAAUAAAGCCUCAAACAAAACCUUCAAAAGAUGAAUUUAAAAAAGAAAGAGAAGAAAAAUUGGCCAUGGAAAGAGAAAGAAAAUUUAAGGAAAAAGAAGCACGAGAAGAGCGUUCGAAAUUAGAUAAGGAGAAAAAGAUGCAAGAGAAAGCCGAAAAAGAAGAAAGGCUUAGAUUCGAAAAGGAGCAAAAAUUGAAAGACAAAGAAGAGAAAGAAAGACUCAAAAGAGAGAAAGCUGACCAGUUACAAAAAGAGAAAGAAGAUAAACGUAAACAGGGUGAGAUUCAGGAAAAACCUAAAGAUGAACCAAAACCGAAAGAAAGACCUGUAAAGGAUGAUAAGAUGGAAGAAAAAAAAGUUGUCCGGGAAAGCGGUGAUGCCAAACGUAUGCAGGAACACAAUGAAAAAAAAUUUAAAGAAGAAGCUUUAUUAAAACUGGCUGACAUAGGCGAUUCUUCCACAAUCGAAGACAAAAGUAAACCGAGGCCAAAAAAAGAGGAAGACACAACCUUUAAAGAACUGAAUAUAAGUAAAGUAAAAUUAAGAAAACCGUCCCAAGAUAAUUUAAUUUUACAACUAGUCAAACUAAAGCAAUCCGAAGGAAAAAAAGAAGACCGCGUUAGAUCGAAACGUUUGUCAGAGAUUAACGUAUCUCCGCUUACAUUCCAGGCACAUCAAAACCAUAAAUUAAAUCGCGGAAAUCACUGCAUACUCUGCGAUGAUUCUGAAUUAGAACUCGAUGUAGAUAAUAUUUUUUUCAGUGAAAAUCGAAAACAGAUCGGAAACCAACAGACUGACGCCAUUGUGGGGCAAAAAAUUGUUAAAGUGUACCGAACGCUAACGGACGAUACAAAAGAAGUAAAUGAAGUUGAGCCUUUACUUUUUCAAUCCACUUUUGUUCCCGAAACACCUUCACCGAACAAUAUUGAAACUGAGGUUAAAGAUGAGAGCAAACCCUCGCCGCAAGCUACGAAACGUGUAGACCCAGAAGCUUCAAAGGGAGUCAUACGCUACGCCCUAUCUGACCGUUCCUUUAUUGAGAAGGGGUGGACGAUGUUACCGACUGAAAAAGUUGUCAGAAAAAUGAAUGUGUAUCGCAUGAGACCGGCGCAUCCCGAAUUCGAUUGGUUCGAACACAACAAAAACAAGAAACUAAUGCAUUAUGAAUCGGGUGAAAAACUUGCAGAAUUUGACGAUGAUGGAAAAGGUAGAUGGUUUUAUCGGAACGGACGACUAGCUCUAGAUUACUACGAUGCUGAAGAAUUAAAUGCGCAACAGCGAUUUGUUAUAUAUAGUAACGGCGAACCCGACGAACGUGGUCGUUCGCGCCCUUUCACAAUAUUGGCUACUUUUGAUUACUUGGGCAAUGGCGUCGUCUUCGAUCACAGCGGCAAAAUAAGGCUGAAAUACAAUCAAACCGAAGGAGUUGUUCUGGACAAAAACAUAGGACCCGUAUCGCACUGGAAAUGGCACACUUUAAAUGAUCCACCUGUGCUUCAGCAAGUUAUGAUUGACACUCAAAUGGCUCAUAAAGACCCAGAUAUUUUAAAGCUGGGUGGACCGGGCGAUGACAAACCGCGACAUGACAAUGAAGAAAUGCUUGCAAUAGAGUUUGACAAUUUUAUAAAGGAAAAAAGUAAAAAACUGUCACAAAAAUUCAAACCCUUCCAGAUUAAAAUGAAAGCUCUAAAAAUCAACGAAAACUUUUCUUUGAAAGUUCUGGACCAAGCUACGGUGUAUUUAAUUUUUAGAGACGGUUCGACAAACUUAAAAUUAAAUAUCGGGAUGAUCCUGGAUCACCAAGAAAUCGUCGACACCGAUACGGCUGAGGUCGGAGAAGUGUCGAACAGCUUAGAAAGGUUUCCCGCAAAGACGGAUAGUUUGGCGGGCCUACAACAAAGCGUGGCGCAUGCGCAACGUGUCGAACGAGCUCGACUGGAACGAGAGCGCAGGUUACGCCCCUCUCAAUCUUGCACUAGCGCUGAUAAACUAGCAACUGCUGCGUCAAAGCCGUUGCGGCCACCAUUUCGGACGGCUGCCGCAUCUUCAAACAUUUCGUCUUCUUUGAGGGAAUGUCGCUGUAAAUACAGAAAACCAUCGACUUGUAAUAUUUAUUAUGAUACACGUUUAAUCUAA